GCACAUCGGAUUUACGACAAUUUCAUACUUCAUCAGUCCUAAUUAGCCUCCACAUUCCGCAAGGCUCACAACUAAGUCAUGGUAUCCAGCGAAUUCAGUUCGGACUCUGGUCUUCGUUCCCUUGAUGCCUAUUUGCUGACUCGCAGUUACAUUGAAGGUUACCAACCAUCUCAGGCCGACUGUGUUGUAUAUCGCGCCGUCAGUAAAAAGCCAGAUGCCAAGUACGAGAACGCACUUCGAUGGUAUAACCAUAUUGACUCAUUCGGGGCUGCAAUGGAAUCAUUCCCCGGUCAAGCAAAGCCGUUGGCAAGCUAUGGUAUAACAGCAGAGCACGCUGAAACCACUCCUACCACUAAAGCAUCAACUGUUGAAGAUGACGUCGACGACCUGUUUGGAUCAGAUAGUGGGGAUGAGGCAGAAGCUGAGCGCCUACGAGCGGAACGCCAAGCAGCUGCGGACGCCAUGAAAGCCGCGAAGUCAGAGCCCGUAGCCAAAUCCGUCAUUGUUCUUGACGUAAAGCCUUGGGACGAUGAAACCGAUAUGGUGGAAAUAGAGAGGAGGGUGCGCGAGAUCAAAAUGGAUGGUUUGUUGUGGGGUGCAUCCAAGUUCGUUCCUCUUGCCUACGGAAUAAAGAAAUUACAAAUUGGCUGCGUUGUUGAGGAUGAUAAAGUCGGAACUGAUAUACUGGAAGAAGAAAUUAUGAAGUUGGAAGAUUUGGUUCAAUCUGUUGAUAUAGCUUCCUUCCAGAAGGUGUGAUUGAGGACUAUUUGUUUUUGUCUUCAUAUCCACAUGCUGAAGCUUUGAUUAGUGGAGUGUAUUUUUGCCGUUUGCUCCGCCAAUCGCUUUAUCUUAGCUGAAAACAUGUUUUCGCCUUGG